AUGUCUACUGUCACUGUUAUGGCGGAAACAGCUGCAAUCAGUAAGAAUAAGAUGUACUUGGACUAUGUACAACAAGCUGCAGUUGGAAUCUUAAUGGGUGCUUUGCGAAGUACGGCUGGAAAUCAAAAGCUUACACCAAAUGAAUCAUUGGCUGUGUUUUUUCAUCCAGCAAAUAAAGAUCGGUCAAUGAGCUUGAUGUUUGAUCUGUUAAAAGGAUAUAUUCAAACGUGCUGCGAUGAAUUCUGUUGGAUAUAUCAUGAUGUUUAUAUUGAACCGAAAAUUUCUUUGAAAGAAGCUUUAGAUUUAAAUGGUGCUCAUUAUGUUUUCAGUCAUUUCAAUAAAAUAUUUGAAAACAGUCGUUCAAAUACUACUGCUGGUCCAAAACAUCUCAACUGUCUGGCCAUUUGCACAGCAUUUAAUUAUAUGCCAUUGCUUUUUCCAACAAUUUUAACUCUUUAUGACGAACAUCAAAUGGGAGGAACAAGAAGUAGUCGAGAUGGAAAUUGGAGCGAAGCAGAAAAAAACGUGAUUCGUUUUGUUUUACAAGGAGUUGUUCAAAAAGCAAUUGACUGGUUAAAUGUACAUAAGCAAGAAGAAUUAAAGGAAAUGCCAUUUGUUUGUAAAGAAGAUGAAAGCUGUAAUAAAAAUUGGGAUUUGUUUAAUUUUCCCGAAGACAAACAGGCAAUUGCUGUUCAAAAUAUAAAAAAAUUCUGGAGUGAGCUCCAAGAAACUCAGUAA